AUGGUUGCGCAGUCGCUGAGCUCGCUCCUGCAGCGAGCUACGAUUGACGACCAUGAGGAGGUUCUCCAGUCCUGUAACGAGACCCUUACCAAAUCCAAGAACGAUCAACAAGUCCAGCACAUCAAGGCGAUCGCCCUGUUAAAACUCGAUCGAUACGACGAUGCAUUGCGAGUAUUCGAGGCCGGAGGCGAUGCGCUGCAGAAGAGUGCCGGGCUGGAAUAUGCAUAUGCGCUGUACAAGUGUGGGAAGAUUGAGGAGGCUCGAAAUGCUGUCACGCAAUGCGGCCCCGGGAGAGGCGCCCGCCAUUUGGAGGCCCAAGUGAGCUACCGAGCUGAGCAAUUUAGCCACGCCGCAGAUCUAUAUGAGCAGUUGGCCCAGGACAAUUUUUCGCACGAAGAGAACGACCUGGCUAUCAACUCGUGGGCUACAGAUGCGCAGCUACAGUGGAGUGGAGAGCCGGAAUAUGUUCGCCAUGAUCGGCCUUCAAGGGAGGAUCUGGAAUCUUUUGAGACAGCAUACAAUGCCGCGUGUUUGAAUAUUGCCAAGGGCGGGCUUGCUCAAGGCGAAGUGCUUCUUAACCGUGCAAAGAAUAUCUGCCAAACAUCAGAGGAACUUACGCCUGAGGAUCGGGCCGCCGAGUUGCUACCGAUUGCAGUACAGUAUCUGUAUGUCCUGAUUCGGCUGGGCAAGACGGAGCAGGCCGAAUCCUUACUGAAGGAGAUCUCCGUGGAAGAUAUUUCCGAACUGUCCACAAAGAAGAUCGCUCGCAACAACAUGGUCCUGGCUCGCCAGACCAACAUCAACCCUUUUAUUCUGUACAAGGCCCUCCACGAAACACCGGAUGCCGUCAACAAUGACCGUCUAUUCGCCUUCCAGGAAAAUGCUUUAGUGGGCAACUCACACGCCGCAGACCUCCUCGUUCAGAAAUUCGAUGGCAUAAUUCGAUCAACGAACAAGGCGCUGUCGAAAAGCCCUUGCCCCUCUACAGCAGCCAGCACUAACCUCCUCUCCGUGUACAAUGCUGCGGCGCAAGCGCAAGGUCAAACCGGACAGAAAGCUCUGAAACACAUUCUCCCGCUCCUUGAGCGGCGACCUAAGGAUCUAGGCCUGCUCUUAACCGUGGUUCAGCUCUACGUUAACGAGGGCAACACCACUUCUGCCAUCACCGCCAUGGAGCGAACGCUCCACACUCUGGAGGAGUCAAUCUCCGAGGCGGAUCAGGACGCUCGCUUCAACCCAGGCCUGCUGAGCGCCCUCAUCUCACUGUACCAGCUCGAGGGGCGGAAGCUCCAGAUUCGCUCCGCCCUGGCACAGGCCGCCGCGUACUGGAGCAAGAAGCCCCAGCCACCCGCAUCUCUCCUCCGCGCCGCCGCUACCUCCCUCCUCCACUCCGAUGACCGGGCCGAUCUGGCGACUGCAGGGGAUCUGUUCAAGACCCUAUGCCAGCAAGAUCCCAGCGACCGUGUUGCCAUGGCCGGCUAUGUCGCGUCUCAAGCAACCCUGGACUAUUCGCAGGUGGAGUCGAAGCUCGACAGUCUCCCCGAUGUUGGCGAUCUCGUAGCCGACAUUGACGUCUCUGCCCUAGAGUCCGCCGGUAUCAUGCCAUCGGCCUCGUCGGCCGCUGCCGCUGCCGCCGCGUUUGCUGGAGCUCGUAAGCGCACUGCAUCUGACAAAGAAGGCCGUGCCGCGAAGCGCGUGCGCAAGUCCCGCCUUCCCAAGGAUUAUGACCCAGAGAAGAAAGCCGACCCUGAGCGCUGGCUGCCGCUGCGCGACAGAUCUUCUUAUCGGCCCAAGGGCAAGAAGAACAAGCAGCGUGCCGCGGACCGUACCCAAGGUGGCCCUGUCAGUGAGAAGGCAGAAGAGUCCACUGCACAGUCGCAGCAAAAGACUGGCGGUGGAGGUGGCAGUAGCUCGAAGAAGACUAAGAAGAAGGGCAAGCGGUAG